AGUUUUGUGCCGGCUGGACCGAGCACAGCACAGGACACAUUCUCUUUCCCGGCAACGAAGCGACCGGACAGUUCAGCUCAUCAGUCUAACUUAAUCGCUCGACGCGGACAGUUGCGUUGGCGACUCGAUUAAGACUUACUACCUCCACACUCUCUCUACUACUACUACUACUACUCCUACUACUCCACCCUCCCAUUCAUUCUGGUUUCCCAGAAAACAAUUUGACAUUUAGCAAUUAUUUUGGCAACAUCAACUAGCAAAGUUUCGGUUUACCCCAAGACAAUUGGACGAAUACAAUUCUCAAGUCUUCUACGUGGAUACUAUUGCGCAUCAAUGUCCCAGUGAUUACGUAGUGCUUCACUCGCCGCUGCAGCCAAGGAUUUUAAAUUAAUUCGGUCGCGCCGGAAUUCGAAGAAAAAAUUGCAGGCACAGCAGCAUCCAGGGCAACCAGGACUUUUUUUCAUCAGGACUGCUCAUACUCUCGCUCUCUCAGUCUGACGCUGCCUCCGGCUUCAAUAUAAAAAGAUGGAGAGCUGCUACGUACCAAACAAUCCCAAUUUCGCCUCGGUGGACCAGUGGACGCCUCCCAGUCCGACAUCUCCGCCCGUCACUUCGUCGGCUGAAGUCAAGCAGCAUCAUCAGCAACAGCAACAGCAGCAGCAGCAACAACAGCAGCAGCAGCAGCAACAACAACAGCAGCAGCAACAGCAUUUCACUCAUCAUCACCAACAUCAUCACGAUCCCGUGAUUCAACAAUUGUGCGACUCGGCCGAUUUGGUUCACUCAGGCAAUGCAAUUUCUUCAUCGGUCGGAAACGAUCCUUCCAGUACCGGUCAACUGACUUCACUGUCCGCUUUGCCACCCGUACAGGAAUUGUUGGGUCCCUGCCGAAGUCCAAACGGUGACGGAUCCGGCGGCAAUAAAGAUCGAGGUGGAGAUCCAUUUUCCGGCUACUCGUUGACGGCAUUGGACUUUGAGCCUUUGCCUGGAUUCCUUACUCUCAGUUCGUGUGCAUCUUACAAACAACACCAAGAAAUGGGCGACUUGCCACUUAGUUUCAAAUCCGGACAAUCGUCCCAUUCAAUCGGCAACUACGGCUCCUUGUACUCUAACCACCACUCGCCCCAACCGCAUUCCCACCAACAUCAACAGCAAGGUCCCAUGUCUCCAUUCUCCGCCGCCGUGGCUGCCGCUACUCAACAGCAGCAAUCGCAAAAUUCCGCCAUGAAUGGCAAUUCCGGCAACGGUCAGUGCCAAUACUCUUUCCAUGGAGCAACGUCGACACCAUCCCAAACGGCAAAGAUGCCCCAUCAUCACCACCCUCACCAUCAUCACCCCCACCACCAAUCAGCACCGGCUAAUUCGACGCCAACUUAUCAGGACAGCAACUACGGAGGAGCUGGAUGCGGAAGCGCUGGAAUCUUUCCGUCCAUGAGCGUCAACGUUUCGAUGAACAUGACGAUGGGCAUGGGAAUGAGUAUGGGGCCUACCAUGAGUUACGGAAUUGAAACUGGCGCACCGCUCCAGUGCUGGAACACUCACAACGUCACCUCCGGAAUUCAUCACUUACCAGGAGUUGCGGCAGCGGCGGCGGCCGCAGCAGCCGUGACGGUCAACCCGAACAAUACGGGUUAUCCCAUUGCCCCACCAGCUCAAGCUCUACUUAGUCCAAUCCAGGUUUCCUACAAUUCUAAUAUUUACCCGACAUCUUUCACGCCAUCUUCGGCAUCCGGUUAUUGUUUGCCCGGUGAUUGGCGACCCACUGCUGCGGAUCCCCCAGGUCUUUACGAACUUAAGGAGCUGAAAGAGUCGUCGCCCAGUCCAUUCAGUAACAGUGGCGGAAGUGGCAAAAACUUUGCCAAGUCCAAAUCCUCCCCCGUGGUCCAACAGCAACAUCAAAAUAAUUACUCGACUUAUCCGGCGGUGGAAGCUUAUCCCAUCCAACCCGGAAGCAACAGUCCAGUGGCGUCGAAAAAACGUUCCAUUCAGGUGAGGCAACCCAGCGUCACGCCGUCGGUGCCCAGUCUGACACCAACAGUUGACUACGAUGGAGAAAUGGCGUCCUGCGGCAGUGGAGUCUCGAGCAGCAGCAGCAGCGGAAGCAGCGUAGGAUUAGGCGGAGCCGGACAGGGGAAGGCAAACUUGUGCCGGGUUUGUGGUAAAACGUACGCAAGGCCCAGCACGCUCAAAACCCACAUGCGGACCCAUUCCGGCGAGAGGCCGUACAGGUGCGGUGACUGCCACAAAUCUUUUAGUCAAGCGGCCAAUUUGACGGCCCACGUACGAACCCAUUCGGGAGAGAAACCAUUCCGUUGUCAGAUCUGUGACCGGCGCUUCUCUCAGAGCUCGUCCGUCACGACUCACAUGCGGACGCAUUCCGGAGAGCGCCCCUACCGUUGUCGAAUGUGCAAGAAGGCUUUUUCAGAUUCUUCGACACUCACCAAGCACAUGCGAAUUCAUUCGGGCGAGAAGCCCUAUCAAUGCAAGCUGUGCUUACUUCGGUUCUCUCAGUCGGGUAACCUCAAUCGGCACAUGCGAGUCCAUUCGGCUACGUCUUGAUCUGUUUCGGGUUCACGGCUCUUUUAAAGGGGGAAAAAAGGUAAAGUCUGAUUAUAAAUAAUAAAAAAAUCAUGUCCAAAAAAUAUCUCCUUUACGGGGGAGGGCUUGUACAGUGUCAAUUUACAUCACAUGCAUUCCCCAACGAUUUCAAUGUUUUGUUUUUUUUCCCGUCAAACCAAAGUUUUCCCUGUUUUUUUUUGUCUGUCGCCAAUAUCGUAAAUGUUUCUUUCCCAUAGUCACAUCCCACUUUGGCUUGCGACUGGUCGCCUUUGCGUCCGAGGGAAAUUUCUGUUUCGAAAUUCUCAUUUUAAUAUUUACGACUGAUCUCACAUCACAUGUAAAAAUAAUACGAUAUCGAAUACAAUACACUUGAAGCUCUA